AUGUUCAAGGACAGCAGGAGGUUCAUCCUGGACAGGUCGGUGUUCGACCUGGUGGAAGCUCACCUGUGCCUGUCGCUGACCGACUCCCGGCUGCUCAGCUGGUACUGGACUCUGUCUCCGGAGGACAGGAGGAUCAUCCAGGACGGAGGAGGUUUCCAGCAGUUCCUGCAGAGACAUCCUGCCUUAGAGCUGUCCAAGCAUCACGUCUACAUCAAGUACACGCCUCGCACACAUCUGGAGCUGGAGAUGUUUCCCAGUGAUCUAACUCUGCUGAAUGAAGGACAUCUCUGUGACGAGUUCUGCCGCAACGACCAGCCGGUUCACCUUCAGGAGAGCUUCCAUCUGACCUCCAGCAGCCCCGUCACAGAGAGUCUGCAGACGGUCCACAGACUGAGCAGCAGUGCAGCUGUGUGCAGAGAUCCUUCGGUGCUGGCUGGAUUCACUCUGGACCUGGAGAUGGACCGAUGCAGACACAGCUCAGACUGGCCAACAGCCCAUAAGGAACCUUCUGACUUCAGCAGUGACAGAAUCAGGACGGACGCUUCAGAACACAGCGACGUGAACGUGGUCCGGUCAGAGCAGCUGCAGCAGACCAGCAGCUGUUCAGAGGAGAACACCAGAAAGGACGGACGUCAGGGGUUCCUGCUGCAGGGGGAAGAGCUCCCCGGUGGUGAAGAUCAGGCCCACGCCGUCCACAGCAUCAUGGAGGACGACCUGAGCAUCCUCCUCUGUGCAGCCAACAGCGACGCUCUGAAGUCCGACCAGCCUCCCGUCGGUGGCGACGCCUCGGAGGAGUUCAGCUGCCCUCCCUCCUGUGACGCUGAGCUGCUGCCGAGCUCGUCAACCUUCACUCAAACCAACGGCCCAGAAACAGCCGACAAGAACGUCAUCACUGAAGUCCACAUGGCGGAUCUGGACUAUCUGGCUGAGGAGUUCAUCAAACUCAAGACGUCUCAAGGGCUGAAAGAGCAAAAAGAGAGAAUGAAAAGGAAACCGUGUGACUGUACUGAGCGUGCUCAGAAGGCCGCGCUGAGCCUCUUGGAGCUGCAGUACAACAUGUGCAAGCUGCACUGCUGGAGACUCUACUGCCCUUCUGCUGAGGAAAACCAGCUCAGCUCAGCGGACAAAGGUCCUCCUGCAAACAUCUCAGGUGUUCUGGAGAAGCUGGACUCUGACUAUAAGGCCAUGAGGUGCGAGAUCCUGGCUGGAGUUCCUCUGGAGCAGCUGAAGCCUCUGCCUGUGGACUCUGACAAGAUCAUCCCCGGAGCCAGUUACAGCCCUGCACAGGUCGUUGGUGAUGUGUUGGGAACGGCGUCUUCCUGGACGUCUGAGGAACCUGAGCAGCUUCCCACAGCAGCAGGACGCAGCACAAGUCGUAAUGGUGAAAACAGAAACAGCAGCCAGCUUGUUCAGAGGAAAGAAAAGCAGGUCAAGAAGAAAAGCGGCAAAGCAGGAAGAGCUGCAGCUCUGAUGCUGCGGGACAGAAGUGACCUCCACGACGACAAGCAGGAAGGAAAGCAGACGGCUGUCAGCGACGAUUCGAGCAGAGGCGAGCUGUGGUUCGAUGCCGAGGAGCAUCUGGAGCUUCCUGAGGCCGGACAGAACCUCACAGCCGACGAGUCCGUCCCAGAGGAGGCUGAAGGCCCACCGCUGUGUGUUUCCAACCCGCCCAGCGGCGUGACGGAGCCUCCUGGUGGCUGCAGCAUCAGGAGCAGGAAGCUGGUGUUCGUCUCGCCCUCGGCUGGAGGAACCCAGCACUAAGGCACCAUGGCCAGCUUCGACACCCUGAUGGCCGAGCCGCUGCAGCGCCACCCGAGGAUCGUGGAUGCUCUGGUGGAGCUGAGGAUGAGGUAUCCGGGCGUCCUGACCGGCCUCCCUCUGCAGACCAUCAGGGAGAUGACCUCCAGGCCAGAUGCUGCCUCACGGCCUCAUAGAGCUUCAACAUGUCUGCUGUUACCUGAGAUCUGUUGGCAGUGA